UCGGAGUGUUCAGGGCGGAUCUGCACACUGGAAUAAUAAAUAGCACUUGGCAGGUGAACAGCAGAGUCACAGGAUCAGAGUUUAUUAGUGUUGAGCUGAACAUCAGAACAGCAGCAGCAGCAAACUCUCUUUCUUCAGCACUUGGAUCAGCAGAGGGAAUCAUGCUGGCUUUGAGUCGCUCCUCAGGUUUACUCAGAGCUGCUCUGAGGCAGCACUUAACCCAGAGAGCCAACAUAUCAGCCAAACCAGCUAAACACCACAUAAGUACAGGGGAGCAUGUGGUCACCAUGCUGGCCAUGUUCGUGACCAUCCUCGUCCCUUCAGGGUGGAUCCUCAACAACCUGGAGAACUACAAGAAGCGCCCGUAAUCACCUGAACCGCUGCGCACAUCUGUAUCACUCAUCACCAACAUCUGGCUCAUGUUUCUCAUGAAUAAAGCAGUGUGAAUAAAACAUGAUUGUGUAGAAUUAAA